GGAGCGAGGAGGGAGUGUGGAGGUAGUAGUUAGUGCUCCCAGUAGUAAGAUACGAGCACACAGAGUGUGGGAAGCCCUUUGUCCUCCUCACUGAUGAUCGGAGAGUAGGAGUAGUCGGGCUCUCUGGUCUCCUCCAUUGUGUAGUAGCUCUGCCCUCUCUCCUCCUGUGAUGAUCACACCCCGGACUCCUCAGACAUGGACGGACUGAUCGUACAAGACGUGUCCAUGAAUAGUAGCGAUGUGGUGAGAGGAGAUCCUCAGGGCUGUGAUAUUGGGGCGCUGAUGGAUCAUUUCGGGGUUCUCAUCCAGGCGGUGUUGGCUGUGAUGGCUUUCAGUACUUUGAUGUUAAAACGCUGGAGGGAGCCAAAGGAAUGGAGGCGCCCCUGGAGAAUUUGGUUUUUUGACACUUCUAAACAAGCCAUCGGAGCUCUCUUCAUCCACUUUACCAAUGUAUUCCUUUCAAAUCUGACGGAAGUGGAUCCCUGUUCUUUGUACUUCAUGCAUUUUCUGCUAGACGCCACACUUGGAAUGCUGGUGAUUUGGCUGAGUGUGAAAUUUGUGUCGCUCAUUGUGGAGCGUCAACAGUACACAUUAUUGGUAUUUGGUGUAUACGGAGACCCACCACAGGCAGCUGCAUGGCUUGGGCAAUGUAUACUUUACCUCUUAAUAAUGAUUGUGGAGAAGACCAUAAUAAGCCUCGUACUCCUCAUUCCAGGAUGGACAAAGCUUCAGGAAAUUCUGCUGGACUACAUUCCAGAUCCCAAGCUGGAGCUCGUCCUGGUAAUGCUGGUGGUGCCUUUUAUAGUCAAUGCCAUUAUGUUUUGGGUGGUGGACAGCCUAAUAAUGAGGAAAUACAAGAGAAUGAAGGUGGAUCCUCCUUGUGAGAACAACACAGAUGCAGACAGUUUACCACUAAUAAAGGAUAAUGAAAGCCAGGCUUUAAUCGGUCCUUCAUCUGUUCGUUUAUACUGUUAACAUGGCCUUUAUAUACAGUGUUACCAAAGACUGUAAUACAUUCAAGCUGUUAUUCUGUGAUGACGACUUUUGGAAAUACAUUUCUUAUGGUGUACUCCUAGUAAAAUACAGUUGCAGCUAUGAUACUUAAUAUCCAUGGUUCUUCCUGCUUUAUGGAGCAGCUUUACCUUUGCCGUUCCUAAUGUACAAUAAACAUGCAUUAUGCAAAAUAUACUAUGUUAUAGUUCAGCGCUGCGGCCUCUGAAAACCUUUUACUGUUCAAGCAUUGAUUAGAAUAUGAAACAUAUGUGGCUUAUUGGGGUAACACAAUUUUUGAAAUUAAUAGGUAGAUUCACACACAAUGGUGUAAACUUGCGGCGGCGUAGCUUAGUGUGUUUAGGC